ACCUCAUCAAGCACAAAUCGCUCAGCACUAAUAUUGGAUGUAAUUCUAGUCAGAUGUAUAGUCACUAGUUACCAAAUUUAAAAGUUGAGCAAGUUAGAUUUUCCCAUUAAAUUUACCCACAUGUAUUUUAUAAGUAAAUAGUUUAUGAUCCUUGAAUGCCAUAAUUUACUUAUUUUGUUAGAUACUUCUCCCUAUUAGCUGAAAUCGUCGUGCUAGCUGUUCGAUGCAAAUUUGUCACCUCUCAACUGCCGUAGGGAGUCUACUCCUAAAGUUUUGUGCCAAUUUUCUUCAUUUUAGGCUCCAAAAAAGUGAUACUGUCCAUUUUAUAUUCAGCUGUGUUUUGUAUAGGCUAUCAAUACGUUAUCACGUCAUGCUAGACGGGCGUUCAAUAAUGGGCGAUAGCCAGCUAAAAUCAGACCGUGUUGAUGUUGCUCCUGUAAAAGUCCUUAUUUUCCCCUAAUACUAGUCGACCACUCUGGACUUGUCUGGGCAGACCUGCCUCUCCUCUACAAAAAAUCAACGUGAGAAACUUGCUAGCAAAUGUUUGUGCUAUUGACACUAAAUAAAUACUGCAUUCUGACCCCCUCUCCCCCUCUUUAUUAGAUUCAUGAUAGUGUUCUUAGACAAAGCAAGGAAAGAAAGUGUGAUUCUCAGCCGUUGUUGGUAAUGAAUCGUCUUAGCUUUUGAAAUGGACUUACUCGUCGGUUACGUUUCUAAAAUGAAUGUUCACCACAGACGAUCAGAUAUGGAGCAGCGUUUCCACGCUGGCCUUGAACAGAUGAAGGAGCAGUACAUGAAGGCUGUUGAAAAAAUCAGAGGUGACAUGCUACGGUACCUUCAGCAGAGUAAAGAGCGAGCAGCGGAGAUGAUCCGUGUCGAGGUGCUGAGAGAGAGGCAGGACACAGCCAGGAAGAUGCGACGCUACCAUCUCACCUGUCUACAGGAAGUUGAAGAGGACGGGAGGCAGGCCACAGGGGCUGAGAAGAAAAUCAUUAACGUUGCAAGUAAGCUGGCAGCCAUGGCCAAAGAGUUGGAGACCCCUACCAAGAGGACGAGGGGAAAGAGCCACAGCUUACCGGGCUCGUCGUUAAAGACCGAGGCAGCUACUGACAGCCAUCCAGGAAAUGCUUCAGGCUCUCCCUUUAUAAAAACCCAAUGUCCAGCUAGUCACCUCCCUGAGACCACCAGGUCCGGUCGUGGUGAGGGGAGAACCCUGAAGACCAAGAUGAACUCUGACCGUGACUCCAAAACCUCCUCAGCUGCAGUCAAGACCACCAGGACUACUAGGCCCAUGAGUAAACCCACCCACCAGGAACCCCUGACCAAUGGCAAAGAGAAAGGAGCCCCUGCAGACACGGCAGGGAAACCCCAUAUAUCUUCAGGACUCUUCCUCUCACUUCCUCCUCACAAACCCUCUCAUCAGAUUGGUCAAACCUUCCUUGACUGUUACCAUGGUGAAUUUACUAACGUUACUCUAAGGACCCAGACCAGCAGGGAGCUGUACCUGCAGGUGGCGGAGUCUGAGAGAUCAGACGAUGACAACUUCCCGUGUCACCGUAGUAACACUAAAACCUCCCUGGUUCAGGAGUUUCCCGUUAGAGACGGAGGAGGAUUGCGCGAUUGGAAUACGUCCAGUAAUGAGUCCCAAGAUGGCCGCCACAUCCUCGCAGUUAACUCUUACCCAGACAGAAAAAUAGAAAGUGAAACCGUUCCCUCUUUGUGGACCUUCUUCGACCGAUGACCUGGGCGAUUUUAAGGUAGCCAACUCAGACAUGACAGUUUAUAAAGAGAUCGUCAACGUCAAUAUUCCGUCCCACGCCGCCGAGGCCUUGAAUUUCCCGUGUCCCGCCUCAGACCAAAGCUUUGACUCAGUCAGUCCCCAGUAUUUGUUUUAUUUUUU